CGCAUGAGCCCUAUAAUAUUAUGAUGAUGAUGAUGGGAGAGCGCGCACAUGCGCGGCUGUCGUUAAAUGGACCUCUGGAGAGCGCACAUUUCGAGCACGGUACUUAUAACUGUGUGGCAGCACGUACGAUGCGUCUGAUUAUUUUCUUUUCCCAAGCCUUGUUGACUAUGAGUGCACCUCGUAACGAUAUAGAGAAAAACGCAGAUAUGCUUCUCAAAGCUUAUAUAUAUAUAUAUAUAUAUAUAAGUAUCUGUGAAACUUUUAGCGAGGUUUCGUCGACGCUUGAUUGAUAUAAAUCUGAUGAAAUAUUGACGUUUCUCGAUCAUCAAAGUUUGACAAUAAUUAAUAUAAGAAUAACACAUCGAAGUAUUUGCAUUCCCUUCAACAUUUGUAUUAUCGUUAGACAUACAAUCUAUUUCUUUUCACAUCAGUUUACACUUAAAUACAUAGUCCAAAUAGUAAUACAGUCUAUGCAUAAAUGCGAAAUCGUUUGGUCUUUUCAUACUUCACUAAUUAAUGCGCAUCAACUCGUUUCCACGAAUAUGACAGACCUGUACGUACGCUUAUUAUCUUGGAUCUUUCCGACUUGCGAAUUUCUGAUUAUCGUCCGCAGGUUCCACGCUCUGUUCUCGCCUUAUGCUCGUUAUUGAGAAUUCAGGGCAUGAUUUUCCAUUCUCUCCUGCGAUUUCUCUAGUUCAUUACCGCCAUUGUCUAUAUAUUACUCGCAGCGAGUGUAAGACAUUGCUCUUCACGAUCUAGUUUUCUCAUAGUCCAAUCGCUGCACCGCUAUACCUAUAUAUAUAUAUAUAUACUCUUGAUGUUGGGUUCGCGUGUCGACAGUCCUUUCAUGCGGUUUUUGCGCGUUUUCCAUUCAAUGUUUACAAAUAAUUACGAGUCGUUCAAGCAUAUACAAAUAGACGCGAAUAUAGAAGAGUCUAACAGACUUAUUGCGUGAAUUGUGAUGAAGUUGUAUAAUUUUAUAGUACCCAAAUUUGCAUAAAAAAUGCUGAAAUAAUAUGACCACGAAGCUUUAGCAUACCUCAUUUGUUUCCAUUAAACUGGUUCCUUUCCAUGACUACAUAUCCUUCGUAGUUUAUUAAUCUAACGCAUUCUUGUAAACUUCAAAUAUAAAAGUAACGAUUACGUAGAGUUGAUUGAGUUGCAAGUUGCACGAGCAAGAGUCUUUCACGAAAGACAUAUUGCUGCGAAACUUGCACAUGGUCAAAGUGCGUGUGGGCGCAAGAUGUAUAAUGUACACUGCGCGCAUCCAAAUAUACGAUUAUAUGCGGAUAAAAUUGCGAAACAAACAAUAUUAUGAUAACCCGAGUGCGCACAAUCACCUGUCGUACAGUCUGGAAAGAUUUAUCGGAAUUAUCUCGCGCUCCUCGGCUCUUGCGCAAAAUAUCAUUCAUUACGAAGACGAAUUUAACUUUGCCUUUGAAUUGCAGUUCGAAUCAAUAAAGAUUAUUUAUUCAAAAAGCGAAAAAUUCGUUGGACUUUGAUGAGAAGCAAAUCAUCGUAAUUUAUUUGAAAUGCCUGCAUUUUUUUACAACAGAGAAUAUAUGACUGUAUAUAGUUCAAUGAAUAAUGUACACCACAUCGUAAUAUUGAAGUAUUAUAUGUAAAAGAUGACAUGUUUUCAAAUCUUUCCUUGUGUAUACAUUCUCAUUUAGACUCGUCAAUAUUCAAAGUAAUUUAUGAACAGCUGGUAAGUUUAAAUUAUAAAAACAUUGACCCAUUUUUAAACACGAUCGUUUGGAGCCUUGUACUUGUACGAAAAUUAUAAACACUGAAUCCUAUUUCAAUAACGUAUAAUAUUGCAUCGAUUUGUUGAUAUCAUUCGUAUGAUUAAUACAAUUUGGUAACUUCUUAUAAACGGAAUAAAAAUUUAUUGCCUAAUCUUGGAGACUUGAUACUGUCUGUCAAAAACUACAUUAAUACGCACUAUGAAUUAUUUGGAAAGAAUCUCAUUGAUUUAUCAUUCCAAAUAAACAAUCGAAUAAUUUAGAUUGCCGCCUCUAGACGAUCAUUUUUUACUAGUCCGAACGCGCCGAUACGAGGUUUGUCAUAACCCUUCAUAAAAAUAGCUACUCGAUAUCAUGUUGAGAAUUGAAACUAUAUGCAAAACCGUUAACCCCCGCGAUUGGUUUUCCAGAAAUGUAGACUCUAUUGAAGCUUUAAAAUGCCAUCGUAAGCCACAUCCCCUAAAAAGCUAGAAUAGCCAGAUUAACGUAAUCAGCUAGCCAAUGCUCAAUACCCUCAUGGCAAUGGCGUUUCCGAUAAAGUGUCAUUGUUACCCUCUGCAAAAUUCGCCAAUGAACUCGCGACUGCAAUCGCUACAUACGUGCAUCGGCCGCGUAAUCUUCCACGGUCGAAUUUCAUCGAGGGGCCAAUGCUGCGUUCGCAUACGUAUCGGGUCAAUAGGUCGCGGAUCCGUCUUGGAUAGCGAUACGGAUUCGGUAUAAAAGGCCCGGGUCCAGCGGCAGUCAGCAUGCACAGCACCUUGUAUCACCAUGCGCUUCAGCAUAGUGUUCUUGGCUUUGUUCGCCCUUGCGGCAGCAAUCCCCACCACACCGAAACUCCACGCUGCUGACCAGGAUAUCCUGAAGAAGCAGCAACAUGUGAUCCACCUGCUGGAGAACAUCGUUGGCGAGCUGCCACACCAGUACCUCUACGAGAUCGGCUACAAAUACGAAUUCGAACCGUACCUCCAGAACUACGAGAACCCGUCCGUCGUCAAGUACUACCUCGGUCUGGUCAAGACUGGUCAUGUACAGCCCAAGGGAACCCCAUUCUCGGUCUCGGUCAGCCAGCUCCGCAAGGAGGUUGCCCUCCUGACCCAGAUCUUCCUGGGAGCCAAGGACUACGAAACCUUCCUGAACACCGCUGCCUGGGCCCGUGUCUAUGUCAACCAAGACCAAUUCGUCAAGGCCUUCUCCAGCGCUGUCAUCCAGCGCCCGGACACGCAAGGAGUCAUCCUUCCCCCAGCGUACGAAGUCUACCCACACUACUUCUUCGACACCAGGAUCAUCCAGAAGGUGCACGACUACAUGAACCAGUACGGCUACGAGCACCACGGCGAGGGCGAACAGCACCACGAGCACGUUCACCACAUCCACGUCAACUACACAUCUUACCUCCCCUUCGGAGAGAACCAGAUCGCCUACUUCACUGAGGACAUCGGUCUGAGCGCCUACUACUCCUACGUCCACCUGUCCAGCUACAUCUUGCACCACGGACAGCAGCUCCACGGUUACGGGCAGAAGUACCCACAAGGCGGAUUCAAGGGAGAGGGAGAGUACCACCACCACCACGGACACGUCGGCCACGGUGCCCACUUCUACUACAUCCACCAGCAAUUGCUCGCCCGUUACAACCUCGAGCGUCUCGGACAGGGUCUCGAGCCCAUCAGAGAACUCGACAACUACUGGGAGCACAUCGAGACCCCGUACAAGCCGCACUUGCGCUACCUCAACGGCGUGAACUUCCCCGGCCGCGACGAGCACCACUACAUCACCCCCAGACACCACAACUACGAACUGAUCAAGCUCGUCCGUGCUCUCGAGCGCAGAAUCGUCGACGCCAUCGACCUCGGUCACGUCAUCACACCCCAGGGUGCCUUCCUCUCGCUCUACCAGCCCGAGGGUCUGAACAUCCUCGGACAGAUCAUCGAGGGAACCGGCCACAGCAUCAACCCCAGAUACUACGGCAGCUACCAGGCCGUCGCCAAGCAGCUCCUCGGCAACGCCCCCGAAUUCAACAACAUCUACGAGUACAGCCCAUCCGCUCUUGAGCUCGGCCAGACCGCCGUCCGCGACCCGAUCUUCUACCAGCUCUACAGCAAGAUCAUCGAACUGUUCCACUACUACCAGGAGGCUCUCCCCGCCUACCAGUACAACGACGUCGUCGUGCCCGGAGUACACAUCGAGAAGGUCCAAGUUGGCGACCUCGUCACCUACUUCAGCGACUACGAGGUCGAACUCGACAACGCCGUGCCCCACCCAGUUGAGCACCACCACCAACACGAGCACCAGCCCUUCCCCCACGUCAGAGCUCACCUCAAGAGGCUCGACCACAAGCAAUACGAGUACACCAUCCACGUCAACGCUGAGAAGCCCGUCCAAGGCGCCGUUGUCCGCGUCUACGUAGGACCCAAAUACAACUACGACGGACAGCCCAUCGACAUCAACGUCCACAGGCACUACUUCUUCGAACUCGACCAGUUCUACUACGACAUCGUCGAGGGACACAACGCAAUCGUCCGCAACUCUCACCAAGCCACCGGACAGAGCUACGACUGGCCAUCAGUCCAGCAGAUCAGAGAGCGCGUCGAGGGCGCCAUCAAGUCGCAGAACCCCUACUACAUCACCUACCCGCAACAGCUGUUCGGAUUCCCGGCCAGGUUGAGCCUUCCCAAGGGAACCAAGAGCGGAUUCCCCCUCCAAUUCUUCGUGAUCAUCACCGCCGGAAUCCACCACCAGCCCGAGCACUACGGACCAGUAGUCGAGGAGAACUGGAUGACCUACCAGCCCCACCACUACCAGAUCGUCAGCUCCGAGGACUACGAACAGUUCGCCCAGCACCCAGUCGACAAAAUCCACGGUGGAUACCAGAGCGUCGACGUCAUUCCCGACUUCGACAACCACGUCAUCACCGAAGGAAACUGGCACUGGGGCUACCUCUACAAGAAGUACCCAGGAAGCUACUACUACCCACACUGGCAACAAACCCACUACAGCUACGGUGGCGAGCAUCAUUACGAGCACCAUUACCCCGAGCAUCAUGAGGGUCAAUACCACGGCGAGCAGCACGUCGAGCAGCACGGUGAACACCACGGCGAGCAAUACCACGGUAAGCACCACCACGCUGGCGAGCAGUACCACGGCGAGCAGUACCACGGACAGCAGUACCACGGAGUCCACCACGGCUACGCUGGCGAGCAGUACCACGGCAAGACCCCCUACCACGGAGUCGAGCAGGGCAAGACCUACCACGGUGAGCAGUACCACGGAACCGCCCACCACGGCCACGGCUUCGAGCACGAGCACGAGUACUACGGCAGCGGACACUACCCAGGCGCCAGCGAGUACCACGGCACCUACCCGACCGGCACCUACAAGGGCUACCAAGGACACGAGGAGCAACUCCAGCAGUUCUACAACAACGAGUUCAUCGGCGACAUCAUCGGCGGAGCCAUAUCCCUCGACGGUAAGCCCCUCGGCUACCCCUUCGACAGGCAGCUCGCCCACAGCGCCUUCUACGCCCACAACAUCUACCUCAAGGACGUCGUCGUCUACCACCACGACGAGUACUUCACCGAGUACUAAGCUAUAUUUCAUUACGAUACUAUUUCUUCUCCUUUAAAUUGAGUUAAUGCAAAUGUUGUUGACGCUUGAGCGGCUCCGACGUUUUAAUUACCUUUGUGAUGAUAAAACGAGCAUUACGCCCUUGUUUUUCGCGCCAACGAUUCUACGCUGACGAUGUAAAAGCAAAAUAAUAAUAAAAAAAUUAUAUUUCAUGAGCGUACA